AUGGCUUUAAGAUCAGACAGCAUCGCAAAGCCUCUCCCAUCUCACUCCAACGUGUCAGCCUCAAAUGGAGCAACUCCAAGGUUGACAACCCUCACCAUUCUCUCCGACAGAAGCACAGAAACCAGAAAACCACCAUUGCUCUCCAUUGCUUCACCACUCAGACUCCCCAACUCCCCACUUUUUAUCAAGACCCAACCAGCUUUGCACUACUGUUUGUCUAGAAGCUUGCAUGGGGGUCUACUGCUACUUUCAUCGGUUCUCCCUGCUGGUUUCGCUAAAGCUUUAUCGUACGAGGAAACCUUGCAGCAGACUACGAGGUCCCCUUCGUCAUUAGAAGUAGAUCCAAGUGGGAUUCUUGAUAGUGUCCUCGGUUUUGCAACUGAGAAUCCCACGGUUGUGGCUGGUGGCGCUGUUGUUUUGGCAGUUCAAUUGAUUUUGUCUCAGCUGUUGAAGAAUCCUAAACCAUGGGGAGUUGAGUCUGCAAAGAAUGCUUAUGCCAAGCUAGGUGAUGAUGCCACUGUUCAGUUGCUGGACAUAAGGCCACUCAAGGAGAUUAGAGACGUCGGAAGCCCUGACAUUAGGGGUUUUGGGAAGAAGCCGGUAUCAGUUGCCUAUAAUGGCGAAGAUAAACCUGGGUUCUUGAAAAAAUUGUCUUUGAAAUUCAAGGAACCUGAAAAUACUACCUUGUUCAUCAUAGACAAAUUUGAUGGGAACUCUGAACUGGCUGCGGAAUUGGUCACUGCAAAUGGAUUCAAAGCUGCUUAUGCAGUAAAAGAUGGUGCAGAUGGACCUCGGGGAUGGGUGAACAGUGGUCUUCCCUGGCUAACACCAAAGAAAGGCAUUGACCUUGGCAAUUUGACAGAAACAUUCACCGAGGCCUUUGGAGAAGGAUCAGAUGGCCUGUCUGUUACUGUAGGUAUUGCUGCAGCUGCUGGACUAGGCUUUUUGGCAUUUUCAGAGUUAGAAACAAUACUUCAACUUCUAGGUUCAGCUGCUAUUGUGCAGUUUGUAAGCAAGAAACUCCUAUUUGCAGAGGACCGAAAGCAAACCCUGCAACAAGUUGAUGAAUUUUUAAACACAAAGGUGGCUCCUAAGGAACUUUUUGAUGAUGUAAAGCAAAUUGGAGUGGCCCUUCUAACAAUAAGCACCCCUAGCAACGCUCUUCCUGCACCUACGGAGGCAAAACCCAAACUCAAAGUCGAAGCAGUGGCAGAAUCCCCUCAAAUUAAUUCAGUUCCCCAAAAAAAAUCCGAGGCAAAUGGAAUCUCUGGAUUUUCGAGACCACUUUCACCAUAUGCUUCUUAUCCAGAUCUGAAGCCUCCAACUUCGCCUACUCCAUCACAGCCUGCCACUACUAGCAAGGCUAAUCUUUCACCUACAGAGGCGAAACCGGAGUUGAAAGUUGAAGCAGCGACAGAAACCCCUCUAAUUAAUUCAGUUCCGAAAACAGAAUCCACUGCUGAUGGGAACUCCGGAUUCCCUAGACCACUUUCACCAUAUGCUUCUUAUCCUGAUUUGAAGCCACCAACAUCUCCUACUGCAUCACAGCCCUAGAUAUUCAUGAUUUCAUUAAUAUAUGUCGGUUUCUACGGCAAGCAAAACAACUGGUUGGUCAGAAAAUUUCAAGCUAUCUAGUAGGUCUUGGCUUCUUUUC